UAGGCAGAGUCCAUCCAACUCCUUCUUCCUAGGAGACCUCAUUAACCUUCAAGCGUCUGUGGACAGCAUUAACCUUGUGCCUCUCCGUGUCUUUGUGGACAGCUGUGUGGCCACUCCUGUGUCCAAUGCAUCUGCUCCGGCCUACACCUUCAUUGGGAAUAAUGGGUGUUUCUUAAACGGCAGACUGACAGGCUCCAAUUCCCAGUUCGUGUCCCCAAGAGUUGCACAGUCUGUAAUGCAGUUCCAGCUGGAUGCCUUCAGGUUUUAUGGCCUGACUACUAGUUCAAUCUUUAUUACCUGCCAUCUGAAGGUGACCUUGGUGUCUGCUAAUGUUGAUUCCUUGAAUAAGGAUUGUUCAUACAACUCUGCACUGAGCCAGUGGAGCUUAGUGGGUGGGAACAAUGCUGUCUGUAGCUGCUGUGAUACAAGCUGUGCCAACCCCCCUCCCUUCAGGAGGGGCUCUGGUGCCCCUAAACACAGACCCAGGAGAGCAAGAAAGUGACCUCACCAGCAGACUUCUG